UAUAAAAGGGAGACCAAGUUAGCAGUUCACCUUAUUUUCAGGUUGCAGGUGGGCCAAGAUGAAAGUCAUUGCUGUCCUUGCACUUUGGAUGACCCUGUUCUACCAGGGAUACAGCAACACACUGGACUCAUGUCGGGGUCGGUGUGGUUACGGAACAGAUAACACGUUCUCCUGUCAGUGUAACUCCUCCUGUGAGCGCUUCAGCGACUGUUGCUCAGACUUCAUUGAAGUAUGUAAAGCUGCAGCCACAUCGUGUAAAGGCAGAUGUGGUGAGAAAUACAACUCUCAGAACCAGUGCCACUGCAAUUCCAAGUGCGCCCAGCACAACAACUGCUGCAGCGACUACGCAGCCGUCUGUGACAGUUCUGCAGGUGAGGGAGGUGGAGGUACUGUGAUCACUGAUGCUGAGAUCAAGGCUCUCUCUGAGACGUUGUAUGCUCUGGAUUCAAACAAGGCUUCAGCCUCAGAGUUGAUCAUUGACCCUCAGGCAUUGGUGCCAGGCUCUCAGACCAGCUCCCAGAAAGAUCUCUCUUCUGGAGUCUUGUUCCAAUACCUGGAUGAGAAGGCUCUAUUCUCCAGACCCACCUACGCUGCUCUCCUGGCUGUGCUGGACAACUACCACAGGAUGACUGGACAGACAGAGGACUUCAGUCCCCAGCAGCUGGCUGAGCAGGAAGCCUUCGUCAAGGAAACCAUGUCCAACACCGAGCUGGGCAGAGAGCUGUUUGCUUUCCUUUACACCAAGGGCGUCUACGCAUCAGAGGAAGCGUUCAUUGAGGACCUGAAGAUGAUGUGGUUUGGUCUGUACUCCCGCAACAACAACAAGCUGGACUCCAGCGGCUUUGAACACAUCUUUGUAGGAGAGAUCAAAGGAGGAAAGGUGUCUGGUUUUCACAACUGGAUCCAGUUUUACCUUCUCGAGAAAAGAGGACAGUUGAACUACUACAGCCACAGCUUCGAUGGACCUUGGACUACCUACCCUGAUGUCAUGGGGAUGCAGUUCAUGUGGGACGGUUACUUCAAGCAGGUCGGUUCUGCAGUCAUUGGCUCCAGCCCUGAAUUUGACUUUGCCUUAUACAGCCUCUGCUACAUCACUCGCCCUGGGAAACAGUGUCGUCUGAGCCUGGGAGGGAAGCAGCUCAUUAUCCAAACUUACACCUGGGAUAAUUCUUUCUAUGGUGAUAAGAAGAAGUUCAUCGCCUCUGCUUAUCCUGCAACUCCCACUAACUAAAGCUGCCAUCUCCUAAACAAUUAGUAACCCACAGAAGAGUCUGCAUAAGGAGUCUCCUUAUUCAUUUUAAAAGUUAAAAGAUAUAAUGUGAGAUAAAUUAUUCAAAAGCUUAUCUUGAUUCCCAAAACAUGGAAAAAAGAAUACAUCUUCUCAUAUUGUUUCUUUUCAGAAGUGGCCCACUCUGGCACAUGCAUGCCCACUUGCAUAAAUAAAACAGUAAACCAGACUAA